AUGUCGGAAGCAGCAGCAAUAAUGGAACAAGCCUCUCCAAUCCCUCACGUUCUCAUCUUCCCGCUGCCAGUCCAGGGCCACGUCACCUCCAUGCUCAAACUGGCCGAGCUCCUUUCCCUCGCCGGCGGCGAAGGCGGCAUCCGGGUAACCUUCCUCAACUCCGACUACAACCACAAGCGCCUCAUCCAGUUCUCCGACGCCGAAUCCCGGUUCCGUAAAUACCCCGGGUUCCAAUUCAAGACCAUCGACGACGGCCUUCCAAUGGACCAGCUCACCAAGGGCGAGAAGGUCUUGGACUUGAUGGGGGCAAUGGGCUUGAAAACCAGGCCCAUUUUCAAAGAUUUGCUGGCCCAGAUGGACCCACCGGUCACCUGUGUUAUCGGAGACGGCGUCCUGGGGUUCAUCCGCGACGUCUCUGUGGAAGUCGGGAUCCCAAUUAUUCGAUUUCGCACAGUCGGAGUUUCUUGCUUCUGGAUUAACUUCUGGCUGCCGGAAAUUAUCCAGGCCGGCGAACUCCCCAUCCAAGGGGAUGGGGAUAUGGACAGGAUGAUCACGAAGGUGCCUGGAAUGGAAUCUUUCUUGAGGUGUCGAGAUCUACCAGGGUACUGCCGGGUUAGCGCCGACGACCCGGUUCUGGCUCGGAUUGUAAGGACGACGAGAGAAUCUUCUUCUUCGCCGCCGUCUCCUCUCAUUCUCAACACAUUUGAUGAUUUUGACGGCCCGAUUCUGGCCCAAGUCCGCCACCUCUUCCCCAAAACCUACGCAAUUGGGCCGCUCCACGAGCACCUGAAAUCACGGCUGCAGGCGACCACGACGACGUCGUCGUCGUCCAACAGUCUGUGGAAGGAAGAGGCCAGCUGUCUGACGUGGCUGGAUACUCAGCCACCUGGCUCCGUGCUAUACGUCAACUUCGGGAGCAUCACAGUGAUGAGAAGGGAGCAGGUGGUCGAGUUCUGGGAAGGUCUGACCAGUAGCAAGAACCGGUUUUUGUGGGUCAUAAGGCCCGGGUUGGUUUCUCAUGAGGAGGAAUUGGAUGGUGAUGAGAUUCCGGAAGAGCUUGUGGAAGGGAUUGAGAAGGGGGAUUUGAAGGUCCUGGUUGGCUGGGCGCCUCAGGAGGCGGUUCUGAGUCAUGACGCGGUUGGUGGGUUCUUGACUCACAGUGGGUGGAACUCGACUCUGGAGAGCAUUGUGGCUGGGGUUCCGAUGAUCUGCUGGCCGUUUUUCGCGGACCAGCAAGUGAACAGUAGGAUUGUGAGUGAGGUUUUGAAGUUGGGUUUGGAUAUGAAGGAUGUAUGUGACAGAAGGGUUGUGGAAAGGAUGGUGAAUGAACUGAUGGUGGAGAAGAGGGAAGAGUUUGGGAGGAAGGCUGUGGAGAUGGCGAGAAUGGCGAAGGAGAGUGUUAAAGAAGGUGGAUCUUCUUACGAGAAUUUGGAGCUUCUGAUUGAAGAUAUCAAGUUGAUGAGUUCUCAAGCACGGGAGUUGAAAGGGUGCAAGAGCAGCAUUAACAUUUCCUGAUGGAAAGCUGGUUUUGGGGGGAAAUUGGACAUUGUAGAUGUAGAAGCGAAAUUAUGUUUCAGUGUUUCAAGUUAGUCGAAUGAGCGUUUUGAAAAUUGAAAUUGUUUUGGUUAGAUUAUUACUAUGCAUGGGUUGUUUAGAAUGUAUCAUUUUUUAUUUUUAUUUUUUAGCAAAAACUAUACAUGGAUUGUUUCUGUGAUGUGACAGAAACGUUCACUUAAAA